GAAAGAAGUUUUGCAAUUAUUUAUCUUCGCGGAAACAUGGCUUCGCAGUUACUAAAGUUCCAUAAACUUGUAAGAUCUAUUUUUAAAUGCAUAAAUGACAUUCCUUAUAAAACCACAUUCAUAUCUAAAAUAAAUUUAACUCAGUGUUUUUUUCAAAGUCGUACCUCAUAAUUUGUUAAUAUUUGUUUUCAAAAGACUUCAUCUAGAGUAUUCCUAAUAUCGCUCUUUCAACAAUUUUUAUCUAAAUGUAAAAAUAUUCAAAAACAUGUUUCAGAAAGCUUUUGUUCAGCCAAAUUUCAUUAAAAGUCUACAAUGUGUAGGAUCAAAGGCUUUUUCAAGUCAAUCAACAGCUAGUAAUGAGAGAGAAUAUGAAAUUCUUCAAGGUCCCCUUGAUCUAUUAUCAGAAGAAGAAAUUAUGUUUAAAGAUAGCGUUGCAAAGUUUGCACAGGAAAAUAUUGCGCCGUUCGUUAAAGAAAUGGAUAAAACUGGAAUUAUACCAGAUGCUUUAUUGAAGAAAGUUUUUGAGCAAGGGCUGAUGGGUGUAGAAGUGCCAACUGAAUAUAACGGCUCAGAGUCUACCUUUUUCAAUACCUGUUUGAUGAUCGAGGAAAUUGCUAAAGUUGACAUGGGAAUUUCAGUCAUUAUUGAUAUUCAGAACACGUUAAUUAAUAACAUGCUAAAGCUAUUAGGAACAGCAGAACAAAAAGAAAAAUACUUGAAACGUUUUCCUGUUGACAUGGCAGGAUCAUUUUGUUUAUCUGAGGCCGAGUCAGGAUCUGACGCUUUCGCUUUAAAAACGCGAGCUGAUCAAGAAGGAGAAUAUUUCAUUCUAAAUGGAAGUAAAUUAUGGAUUUCUAAUGCCAAUGUCGCAGGAGUCUUUUUAGUUAUGGCCAACGCAAAUCCAAGCAAGGGAUAUAGAGGCAUUACGUGUUUUAUAGUUGACAGAGAUACACCGGGUCUCACUGUUGGUAGACCAGAAGACAAAUUGGGUAUCAGAUGCUCAUCUACCUGUCCAGUUAUAUUUGAUAAUGUUAAAGUUCACAAAAGUCAAAUUCUUGGUAAAUUGGGUGAAGGAUACAAAUACGCCAUUGGCUUCUUAAAUGAAGGUAGAAUUGGUAUUUCCUCACAGUUGGUUGGAGCUGCUCAAGGGUGUCUUGAUCAUACUCUACCCUACGUUCAUGAAAGAAAACAGUUUGGUAAGAAGUUAUGGGAUUUUCAAGGCAUGCAACAUCAAAUUGCUGAAAUGGUAACGCAUGUUGAAGCAGCUCGUUUAUUAACUUACAAUGCAGCUAGAAGAAAAGAAGCUGGUUUACCUGCAACUAAACAAGCGUCUAUGGCCAAAUAUUACGCAGCCGAAACCGCAUGCAAAGUAACAUCAAAGUGUAUUGAUUGGUUAGGUGGGAUUGGUAUCACAAAAGAUUUCCCAGUCGAAAAAUAUUAUAGGGAUGUAAAAGUUGGUACAAUAUACGAAGGAACAAGUAACAUUCAACUGAACACGAUAGCAAAAUACCUUGAGAUAGAAGCAAAUGAAUCUUACUGA